AUGCGAUGUACAUGCUCUCCAUUUGCUUCUGCAUUGUGAGCUGUUACUUCAGGUGGCACAGAGUUACGUCAGCCUGCGUUUAAGCAAGCUCGGAGUAAACGCUGCCGCAUCUUUUGUUCCCCUCUCUACCCCUCUUUGCUUUACAGGCACAUUUCGACUCACGCUCUUUCGUAAGAAUUCUCCGAGUAACGAUAAGGCAGUCAAUGAACCCAAAAAUGACUUCCGACGAAGUGAAAGUUAUCGGCGGAAGGAACAACUUCUGGCUCUGGAAGAAGAAGACAGGCUUCGAUCUCACCCACCCGCCAACUCCAGACUCUCCCCCAAUCUACCCAAGAAUCACACUAGAAACAAGAGCAGAUAAAGCGGCCAUCGAUCCUGCUAAGACUGCGCUAGUAGUCAUAGACAUGCAGAACUAUUUCCUGUCACCCCUUCUGGGUCGACCGCCUAAAAGCAUUGGGCUGGGUAUUGUCGAUAAGCUCGUCAGCGAAGUCAUUCCUGUUUGCCGUACAGCUGGCAUCCCCGUUGUAUGGCUCGGCUGGGGAGUGGAGGAUAGCGACCUGGACGACAUACCACCCAGCAUAGCACGAGGCUAUGACUUCCCUCUUGAUGAGAACUUCGUCAAACCGACAUACCUAGGAAGCAUCGGUGCUGAGAUCGGGCAUGUCAAGGCGGAUGAUGGGACUGACAUUGACGCGGGUCGCGUGAUGAUGAGUGAUCAGUGGAACACCGAGUUCUAUCCUAGUCUGAAGGAAAUCGCCGAGCCGCAAGACCUGCACAUCAACAAGAAUCGGUUAUCCGGCUUUUGGGGAGGAUCAGGCAUCGAAGAGGCCCUACGAAACCGAGGUAUCAGAACGUUACUUUUCGCCGGAGAGAACACGGAUCAGUGCGUCGCUGGUACCAUCCGAGACGCUUACACCAAGGGCUGGGAUUGCUUGAUGCUCAGUGAUGCUUGUGCAACUACAAGUCCAGCUUUUGCCAAGAAGUGCACUGAGUAUAACUGCGAAGGAGGCUGGGGUUUUGUGUUGAGCUGCAAGGAUUUGGCUGAUGGGGUGGAUGCUAUUGAUCGAGGAGUUUAGCAAAGAACGCUUAUUUCAAAAGAAUAGGCAAUUUAUAUUUAAGGGUAUGUAAUAAUAUGCCUAACCCUA